AUGAGUAAUGUUCAACAUGAGUCUUUAACUCUCGAUCUUGGUGUUAUAUUAAUGUUAUUUCGUUGCAAAUCUGCUGCUACUAUAUGGGAUACUGUUGGGCAAGAGAGAUUCCAAAGUCUCCGGGUUGCAUUUUAUAGAGGCGAGGAUUGCUGUGUUCUUGCGUAUGAUGUUAAUGUGAUGAAAUCUUUCGAUACCCUUGACAACUGGCAUGAGGAGUUUCUCAAACAGGCAAACCCACCCGAUCCAAGGUCAUUUCCAUUUAUUUUGCUUGGAAACAAGAUUGAUAUUGAUGGCGGGAAUAGUCGAGUGGUUUCUGAGAAGAAAGCAAAGGAUUGGUGUGCUUCAAAAGGGAAUAUUCCCUAUUUUGAAACAUCCGCAAAAGAAGAUUUCAAUGUUGAUGCUGCAUUCCUGUGUAUUGCCAAGGCUGCUCUUGCCAAUGAGCACGAACAAGACAUAUCUUUAAUGAUUCAUCUCCCAUGGAUGCUGCUGCAGACAUUGAAGACAUUAGAAGGAACUGGGCUUCUUUUAUUUUAAGUGUUAGUAGAAACUGUUACAAUUAAAUAGUGUAUGUACAUUAAUGUA